UACAGAGAUGAAAAUGAAGUUAGUUUGUGGAUUGGUUGUGAUCUUCCCUCAAAAAAUUCUCUCCGUGUUCAUUUUGGUCGUAUUUAUCCCCUGAAUAAAGUGUGAAGUAAAGUGUAAGUCUUGUAGUUAGGUUGGUGGAGAGGAGGCAGGCAAAGGAAAGGGUUAAAGGAAGGAAGGUUGUUCGUUUCAAUGAGGAGAGUAAUAAAGCUGUACGUAGCGUAAAGAUUUACCAGCUAAACUAGUCCGAAUAACAAAAUCUACACACUGGCCAUCCAUCCAAUAGCUCUGUAAAAGAGAGAGAUUGCAUUAGAAGGGGGAAUUCACGUUAUCAUUGCAUUGGAUUUUGUUAAAACUCACAAAUUGGCAUAAAGGAUGAGUGAUUCAGAAAAUGAUUUCAAUAACAUUAAUGGCAAUAAUCGAAAGGUCUUGGAUAGCCUGGAUCCAUCCUGUAACGAGUUGAAGCAUGCUUACGACACAUGUUUCAAUGGAUGGUUUGACGAUACAUUCCUAAAAGGAGAACAUAAAACGAAAGAAAUUCCAUGUGAUGCACUCCUACAAAUUUACAGCGCAUGUGUCAAGACUGCACUUAAAGCAAGAAAGAUUGAGCUUGAUGAUCUCUCCUCUGAGAUGAAUAAUAAUAAUACAUCAGGAGAUCGAAAUGAUAAAAGGGUUGAGUGAUAGACUGAAGAAUAAGUGAUUGUUUAGAAAUACUUUUUGUAUCGAGGACAAAAAUGUGAUCAUUGUGCAAGCAAUUAUAAAUUCCUUUAGACGAUUAACCUAAAAACUUAUGUAACCGUAUUAAAAUCACCCACUUCUGACUUAUCCUUGCAUCUCGGAUUACAAUUCCACACUCUAAUUGAAUUAGGCUAAUGUCGUAAUACUUAUAAUUAGAAAUUAGUCGUGCUGAUAUUCAGAACAGCUAUUCAAAGCAAUAAAAUAUUACAUGUGACACGUUUUUUUCUCAAA